GGCACCGCCCCAGCCCCGCCGCCCUCACGGGAUCCGCGGCCGUGCAGCUACGAGCGCUCCCCGGAGACAUGGACCACUCAGCGGAUGCAUCCGGGCUCCUGGAAGCCUCUGAUGUUGGGUCUCAGAAAGACAGAGUGGUGACAGAGGAGGAAUGGCUAGAAAAAUGGGAAAUGGGUAACAUCGGGUUUCACAAGGAAGAAGGGCAUCCGCUCCUCCAAAAGUAUCUGGCUGUUCUUUUAAAUGGCAGGAAUGGACUGAGGAUAUUUUUCCCACUUUGUGGUAAAGCAGUAGAGAUGAAAUGGCUGGCGGACAUGGGGCACAGCGUUGUUGGUGUGGAAAUCAGUGAGCAAGCAGUGAAGGAAUUUUUUUCAGAACACGGUCUGCCUUAUUGUGAGGAGCCAGUCCCUGAGAUUUCAGGAGCAAAAAUGUUCCAGAGUACCUCUGGCAACAUUUCCCUCUACUGCUGCAGUAUUUAUGAUUUGUCCAGCUCGAUAGUUGGCAAGUUUGAUGGGGUUUGGGACAGAGGAGCUCUUGUAGCCGUGAAUCCAUGUGACAGACAACGCUAUGCCAGUUUGAUGAUCAGCCUAGUGGAGAAAAAUUCUUCUUAUCUCCUUGUUACAGUUUCAUAUGAUCCAAACAAACACAAAGGCCCACCAUUUUAUGUUCCUGAAUCCGAAAUUAAAAGUUUGUUUGGCAACUGCUGUGAAAUUAGGUGUCUUGAAAAAGUUGAUGACUUCUCGGAGAGGCACAAACAAUGGGGACUAGAUUAUUUUCUGGAGGUGCUAUAUCUACUAAAGUUUGUGGCUUGAUUAAAAUUUGUUAAAAUAA